AUGGCCAAAAGUAAAGUCGCGCCGAUAAAGCCCGUUACGAUUCCACGAUUAGAACUUUGUGGAGCUCUUCUACUAACCAAGCUCCUUCUAGCGAUAAAGCAGGGACUUCAUUUAUCAAAAGUCACGAUUAAGGCUUGGUGCGAUUCGCAAGUCGUCUUGGCCUGGCUUAAAGGCCCCACAUCGCGUUGGAAGCCCUUCGUAGCCAACCGGGUGGCUAUUAUCCAAGGUCAAAUUCCGCCAGACUCUUGGUCUUAUAUACCCACCGACCAAAACCCGGCUGACCUAGCCACUCGAGGAUGUACUCCUCAGGAUCUACACGACCUGGCACUAUGGUGGAAAGGACCUAGCUCCAGGGAACUCUCCCCUACAUUCGGGGAACCUUAUAAUCACGAAGAGACCGAAGCGGAGGCGAAGACCCUCCACGCGGUUCGACCAAUCGAGGCACCAGAAGAAAUCAUCGACCGAUUCUCAACUUUAAAUCGAGCUGUACGAGUACUUGCCUAUUGCCGACGCGCUCUACUCCCGAAGAAAUCCAGAGGUUCCACGUUCCUUACAACGAUCGAAUUAUCGGACUCGCUGAACUCUCUAUUGAAGGCAAUGCAAGCCCAUCACUUUACCAAGGAAAUCGAGUGCCUCCAAAGUAACGAGACAUGUCCGAAAGCCUCACCGAUACGCUCCCUAUUUCCAUACCUUUAUACAGAUGGAUUGUUGCGAGUGAGCGGCAGACUAGCGCAAGCAAAUUUGGGAUACGCAGCGAAGCACCCUAUACUGGUAGCAAAGAAGAGCCAUUUAGCCUUGCUUUUGACUAGGAACGCUCAUUGUCAAACGCUCCAUGGUGGUCAACGCUUAAUUUGA